AUGAAGUGCAGUAUCCCCCUCGUUGUCUACGUGGUCGUGCAGUUCGUGGCGUUCCUUCUGGUGCUGGUGGGCACGCCGCUGGAGAUGUUCCGUGCACCCAAUCGUCCAGGAGUCGCUCAGUGUCUAACGCUUUUUGGCUUUAAGCUCGACUGUAAAUCACUUGAAUAUGAGGAGACGGUAGACAUGCAAUGGCUUAAUUGCCCUGCACGCAUCGCCCGUUUCCGCCUUGCGCAGGCGUUCACUCUCAUCUCCAUCCUCGUGUACGGCGCGGCCUUUGUCCUGGGCUUAGUUUUGCUGUACGGCUGCACUAUUCACCGCUGGGUUUGCCUGGCGCUGAACAUCGUUGGCGCGGUCACCUUGUGCGUUGUGUGGGUGGCCAUGGUGGUGACAUACAAAAAACCUGAUGAGCCGCUAUGCCGUGAGGUGAGGAAUAUGGGCUACCGGUUCGGCACCGGGUUCGCUCUCUUGGUGGUGGCCUGGAUACUGGAUAUCCUCAACAUCAUCUUCUUGCUGCUUCCGUUGCAGAUGAGGGGAUCACAGGACUGUGCAAACUCGAUGGAGUCACAGAGGACGAAUAACAGUAAACAAGCCACAGGAAGCGGAGGGCGAGCUUGA